GUUCCCCAGCAACAGCAGCAGUGCCAUGUCUGAGGCGGUGGUGCCCGACGCCAUGGUACCCCCAGCAGUGGGCAGUCUGUAUGGGGAGAAGGCCGCUGGAGCUGUGGUGGACUUCAGCUAUGUGGGCAUUGAUGCCAUUCUGGAGCAGAUGAGGAGAAAAGCCAUGAAGCAGGGCUUCGAGCUCAACAUCAUGGUAGUAGGACAGAGUGGCCUCGGAAAGUCGACUCUGAUGAACACUCUCUUCAAGUCUAAAGUCAGCAGGAAGUCUGUACUGGGCACAGGCCAGGAGAAGAUCCCUAAAACCAUAGAAAUUAAGUCCAUCAGUCAUGACAUUGAGGAGAAAGGAGUCCGAAUGAAGCUGACUGUCAUCGACACACCAGGAUUUGGAGACCAGAUCAACAAUGAGAACUGCUGGCAGCCCAUCAUGAAGUUUAUUAACGACCAGUAUGAAGCAUACCUCCAGGAGGAAAUUAACAUCAACAGGAAGAAAAGGAUCCCAGACUCCAGAGUCCACUGCUGCAUUUAUUUCAUCCCCCCAACUGGUCACUGUUUGCGGCCCCUUGAUGUAGAAUUUAUGAGGCGUCUCAGUAAGGUGGUCAACAUCGUCCCGGUCAUUGCUAAGGCAGAUACUCUCACACUGGAGGAGAGAGACUUCUUCAAAAAGAAGAUCAGGGAAGAGCUGCGAGCCAAUGGGAUUGAUGUAUACCCCCAGAAAGAAUUUGAUGAAGAUGCAGAGGACAGAAUGAUUAAUGAAAAGAUCAGAGAGAUGAUCCCGUUCGCAGUAGUGGGCAGUGAUCAGGAGUACCAAGUGAACGGAAGAAGGUUGCUGGGGAGGAAGACCAAGUGGGGCACGAUUGAAGUUGAGAACAUCGCCCACUGUGAGUUUGCCUACUUACGAGAUCUUCUUAUCAGGACCCACAUGCAGAACAUUAAGGACAUCACCAGCAGCAUCCACUAUGAGAUGUACCGCGUGAGGCGCCUCAAUGAGAACAACACUGCGGUGACUCACGCCAACUGCAUCCCCGAACAUCACCUGACCGCUCACGAGAUGUAGGCCGUCGUCUGUAGAGUAAAACACCAACUACAAGACUUGAUCUUGUUCUUCCCUCCACUCCAGCCCUGAUCUCACAGGUGGGGUCCAACGUAAAGUCUGCCAGAGGGACUUUAUCAUCUGCAGCUUCCAGGACUCUUUGUUUAUUGCUUUUUUUUAACCAUAUCCUUAUUGAUGACAAACAGAGAACAAAGGGUUCUGCCUUCAAGUUUUGCUGCAGCUUGGUUUUUAUAUUCCUCUCCUGUCUUACAAAUCUUAUCGUUCAUAUUUUUGGUGCCAAAGUGUUUCUCUCUACCAAACUGACCAGUUAUCUGAUUUGCUUUAAUAGGUUAAACAAGUUUGUUGUUUCAUUUCAAUGGUAAGCCUUUGUGCAGCAUUAGAAGCACAGUUUCAUCUAGAACACCAAUAUGCAUGAAAACUGAUAAAGAUCAUGUUUUAAGGUGAUCAUUAUGUAACCAGAAUGUGUUUGAGGAGAGUAGGGGAGCUCUUUCUCAACAUGUCUGACCUUCAACCAACCAACCAACACUAACUACAGCUACAGGUUGAAGUAAAGCACAUGAUGUGCCUUAGAUUUUUCUCUCUCUGCAUCACAUCCUGUGUUUUGGUUUUAUUCUUCUAUGUUCAUAUCCUGUUAAAUAUAAAUCUCAACUCUCUUUAACCAUCAGCAUUAUUUAGUUGGAAUAUCUUAAAGAGUGAUUUAAGAUACAAAAAAAGUAUUUAUGCACGCUUUAAAAUGUGAACAUUUCUCACAGCUUUUCUUCCACUUAUUCAGGAACGGUAACAGCAACAUGCUCUCAAAAGUUUUUCCUGCUCUUAUUGGGUCCUCCUCAGUGCCUUAUUUAUUGGGGGAUGAUUUGCGAUUUUGUCGGCCGAAACUGGAAAGAAAAGCAGGUUUUUUGAUUCCACCUUUUAAAAUAUCAUUUAACAUCCUUUAGUCCUCUUGUCGUUUUAUCUUCCAUUGACCAGACAACCUUCUGUUCUGUUGAUCAUAAUGUACCAAUAAUCUUUUCCUGUCAUGCAUAUCUAAUGUCCUGUCAUUGCCAUGCUCUAUUGUAUAUUCCUCUGUGUUCUGUGAUACAGUUUUUUAGUUGUAUUAUUGAUAAAGUUUUCUUUAUCUUAUUUUAAAGAAAUAAAGAUUGAAGUUUUAAAUGUUAAAAAAAAAAAAAAAAAAAAAAAAAAAAAAAAAAAA